UUUCGGAGACAUUUUGAGAGUUCUAUUCUUCGAUCAAGAGAUGCAAAUGCUACAGAGGAUCAGCAAAAACUGGGAGAAGAAAAGUUACAAGAACUUUUGGGUCUUGUUAAUAGAUGUAUUAUAAGGAGGACGAGUGCUUUACUUACAAAAUAUUUACCUGUUAAAUACGAAUUAGUAUGUAUCUGUUCACUCACAGAACUCCAAACAACAUUGUAUGCCCAAAUGAUAAAAUAUAUGGAUAAAGAAUUGAGGAAGGCUAGAGGAGCUUUAAAUACCUAUACAACACUUGCAUUUAUAACAAACUUGAAGAAAUUAUGUAAUCAUCCACAACUAAUAUUUUCUAAAUGUCAAGCAAAAGAUGCUGGAUUUGAGGAUUGCCUCGAAUUAUUCCCUCCAAACUUUUCUCUUUCUACUAAUGGCAGAACCAAUGACAACAAUCGUGUUAUUUUCGACCCAGCAUGGUCUGGAAAAAUGCGAGUGCUAGAUUAUUUGUUAGCCUAUUCUAGACGUACUUGUGAUGAUCGUUUUGUACUUGUUUCUAAUUAUACACAGACAAUGGAUGCUUUUGAGCAGCUCUGCACUCUUCGAAAUUACCCUUUUGUUCGUUUGGAUGGCACAAUGUCAAUUAAACAACGUUCUAAAAUUGUUGAAAAAUUUAAUGAUCCAAAGUCUGAUUGUUUUGCUUUUCUACUUUCUUCAAAAGCUGGUGGUUGUGGACUUAAUUUAAUUGGAGCAAAUCGUUUAGUGAUGUUUGACCCAGAUUGGAAUCCUGCAAAUGAUGGUCAAGCAAUGGCUAGAGUUUGGAGAGAUGGACAAAAAAAGACUUGUUUUGUCUAUAGACUUCUUUCGAGAGGUACAAUUGAAGAAAAAAUUUUUCAAAGACAAACUCAUAAAAAGGCGCUUUCUUCUUGUGUUGUGGAUGAAGUAGAAAAUGUUGCGAGGCAUUUUAGCGCUGAUGAAUUAAAAACUUUAUUUCAAUUGGAGACACAAACAAGUAGUGACACACACGAUAAGCUUAAAUGUCAACGUUGUAUGAACGGAAAAGAAAUGAAAGAUCCACCAGAAACGGCUGAUACAAAUUCUGAUUUGGCUCUAUGGCAUCAUUCUGAACGUGAUCAUCGAAAAGUUCCUGAUCAAAUUAUACGUUCUCUUAGAGAGUGUGUUAAGGAUAUUACAUUUGUUUUUCACCAAAAAUCACACGAUGGAGUUAAUAAUCGUGAAUUAUCCCCUCCACAACAAUUACAAGAAGAAAAUAAAAAUGAAGUUGAAGAAGAUGAAAACAAAGAAGAAGAAAAAAUUUUAGAAAAAGAAGAGGAAAAUGAGAGGGAUGAAGGAGGAAAAGAUAAAGAAAUAUUUGAAAAACAAAAAACCCCACCAAAGAAAUUAACAGCAAAAAAAGUUUUGAAUAAAUCUGGAAGAAAAAGAAGUCAGGAAGAAAAUAAUGUAAGUGAAUAUAAAAAUGUAAAUGAGGAAAUUAUUAUUUUGUAA